GCGCCCACCGUAGGCCACCGCCUGUCAGCAGCCUGUCAGUCAGCCGCCGCCUUUGUGGAGCGGGCGGAAGCGGAGCGGGCGCCAGUCAAUAGUCCCCGGGCCGGGCCGAGGGCGGAGGGCGCGGAGCGGAGCGGGGCCCGGCGGCAGCCGCUCAGCACAGUUGUGUUACCGAUAGCAAUUUUCCUGUAACGAAGCAAUCUUAACCAAACGAAACCACUUGGAGUGACUUCUGUGUCGAUCAGCGUUUCAGUCAUGUCUGACAAAAGUGAACUGAAGGCGGAGUUGGAGCGCAAGAAGCAGCGACUGGCUCAGAUCAGAGAGGAGAAGAAAAGAAAGGAGGAAGAAAGAAAGAAAAAAGAAACUGAUCAGAAGAAGGAUGCACUUCCUAUACAAGAAGAAUCUGACCUUGAAAAGAAGAGAAGAGAAGCUGAAGCGUUACUUCAGAGCAUGGGCUUGACACCGGAGUCUCCUGUUGCUGUGCAACCUCUGCGAGUAGUAACAGCGGAUACCUGUCUGUUUCACUAUUUAGUCCCUCCUCCUACCUCUCCGUCUUCCAAAUCCGUGAGUACACCAAGUGAGGCUGGGAGCCAGGACUCCGGUGAUGGCGCCGUUGGAUCCAGGACGCUGCACUGGGAUACUGAUCCAUCAGUUCUUCAGCUCCACUCUGAUUCCGAUCUGGGACGUGGACCUGUUAAACUUGGAAUGGCCAAGAUCACACAAGUUGACUUUCCUCCUCGGGAAAUUGUUACGUAUACAAAGGAGACACAAACACCCGUUAUGACUCAGCCGAAGGAAGAUGAGGAAGAAGAAGAAGAUGUGGUUGCCCCAAAGCCGUUAGUUGAACCGGAGGAAGUAAAAACGUUCAAAAAGGAAGAGGAGGAGGAAGCUGCCCCUCAUGAACUUACGGAAGAGGAAAAGCAACAAAUUUUGCAUUCUGAAGAGUUUUUAAGUUUCUUUGACCACUCUACAAGGAUUGUUGAAAGAGCCCUUUCUGAGCAAAUCAAUAUUUUCUUUGACUACAGUGGAAGAGACUUAGAAGACAAAGAAGGGGAGAUUCAAGCAGGAGCAAAACUGUCCUUAAAUAGGCAGUUUUUUGAUGAACGUUGGUCAAAGCAUCGUGUUGUCUGUUGUUUGGACUGGUCGUCUCAGUACCCAGAAUUACUUGUUGCCUCUUACAACAACAACGAGGAUGCACCUCAUGAGCCUGAUGGAGUGGCCCUUGUGUGGAAUAUGAAGUACAAGAAAACUACCCCAGAGUACGUCUUUCACUGCCAGUCAGCAGUUAUGUCAGCUACAUUUGCAAAAUUUCAUCCCAAUUUGGUGGUUGGUGGCACGUACUCUGGCCAGAUCGUGCUAUGGGAUAAUCGCAGCAAUAAGAGAACUCCAGUGCAGAGAACUCCACUUUCAGCUGCUGCUCACACGCACCCAGUCUACUGUGUAAAUGUUGUUGGGACCCAGAAUGCUCAUAACUUGAUCAGUAUCUCAACUGAUGGGAAGAUAUGCUCUUGGAGCCUGGACAUGCUUUCCCAGCCACAGGACAGCAUGGAGCUGGUUCACAAACAGUCCAAGGCUGUGGCUGUUACUUGCAUGUCCUUCCCAAUUGGAGAUGUCAACAACUUUGUUGUUGGAAGUGAAGAAGGCUCAGUCUAUACUGCAUGCCGUCAUGGGAGCAAAGCUGGAAUCAGUGAGAUGUUUGAAGGACACCAGGGACCAAUCACAGGUAUCCACUGCCAUGCAGCAGUUGGACCUGUAGACUUCUCACAUCUUUUUGUCACCUCUUCUUUUGACUGGACAGUAAAGCUUUGGACAACGAAGAAUAACAAACCCCUCUACUCAUUCGAAGACAACUCAGAUUAUGUUUAUGAUGUUAUGUGGUCUCCAACACACCCUGCCCUGUUUGCCUGUGUGGAUGGGAUGGGCCGGCUUGACCUAUGGAAUCUCAACAAUGACACUGAGGUGCCAACUGCAAGCAUUACUGUAGAGGGCAAUCCUGCUCUGAACCGUGUGAGAUGGACACAUACCGGGAGAGAGAUUGCUGUCGGUGACUCAGAGGGACAAAUAGUUAUAUAUGAUGUGGGAGAGCAAAUUGCAGUUCCUCGCAGUGACGAGUGGACUCGGUUUGGCCGAACACUGGCAGAAAUAAAUGCUAACAGAGCUGAUGCAGAAGAAGAAGCUGCAACCCGCAUCCCGGCAUAGAUCUCUGAAAACCGGCAGUGGUGGUAGAUUUGUGAAUGAUUUGAUGCAAAUCUUAGAAGUAUAAGCAAGUGUCAGUAAUAGCUUAAGGGAGGAACACGUGGAUUCAACCAUGGACUUGGAAAAUGUGUUACGAUCACUGAAAAUCAGAUCUUGCAUUGUUGACUUUUUAUAUGAAACUUACACAAAUCAAAUAAUGUGCUUGUAACUUUUAAUACAGUUAACUUUGACUUUGCAAGGAACUUCUUUUGCUGAAACACUAACCUGGUGUAAAUCUACUGUUAAGCUUCUGAAAUCUUCACUUUAUAAACAGUAUGUUUCGGAAAAGUAGAAAUUGUGUUUCUAAACAGGUUCCAUUUCUAAACUAAACUUUCUAUAUCACAAAGAUCAGCCUUCAUGAGGUAGUAAGUUUCUGAAGGGUUCUUUAAUUCAAACUGCCAAUGGCUGUGCAUGCAUUUGUUCCAAGUAAGUUUCAUUCCUUAUAUAGAGAUAAGCCUCAGACUCUGGUAGUGAGUAAUAUGAGUGAAUAAAAUUUGUCUGCAGUUACAAUCCAUGUGAUAAUUGAACCAGAAUUGAUGAAAUACAUAUUUAAUAACAGUAAUAAGUUAUUUUGUUUUGAAUUGGUGCAUUAGAGAGUGAGACUGAUUCAUAAAUAAAUAUUGUAUGAGCUGCCCUGAGCCCCAAUCUGUCUCCCUCCAGUAGUAUCAGAGUAGAACGUUCCCAGGAGCUGCUGCCUGCCUUCACUUAUACUGCAUGUCAGUUUUGCACUCCCAGCCUUCACUUCCUAUCAUGGCAGUUGGCUAAAACAAGGAAGGCCACUCUUGUCAAUUGUUUCCUUUCCAAAGCAUGGUGAGCUACAUUUUGAAUUGAUUUCCGCAGCAUCAAACUUGCUACUAAUUGUCCAUAUGAAGAUAAAGAAAAUUUUUCUUGCUGCUUUUUAACAUUUCUUUUGACUCAAAAACCUCUCAACAGCUGGGCAAUGAAAUGUUACGAUCUCUGUUAGAGGCUGUAUUUUUUAAUAAAUCUCUCCUAGGAUAUUGUAAACUUUCCCAUCAAACAUCUUGCCCUACCCCUUGUUAUUGUUGUUAGCUUCAGCGUAGGAUUCUAAAUCCAAGUUAGAACUACACAAGUUUAAUUUAUCUCAUUCUUAAUCCACUACAAACUAUGAUUUUUGUCAGAAUAGAUGCUUCAUAUGCUCACAAGUGGGAUACAGGUUUAUAUUCCAGCUCACUCAGAAACUUAUUCUUGUUUGCCCAGUUUUUCUUAAGUUUUGGAGUUUAUCUUCUUGUUUCUCAGUUCCAUUACAAGCAGUUCACAGAGAUGCUAACAGCAGCAGUUCUGUCUUAAAGAGGUUCUCUUCUGUGGGUUAGAAAGGGAAAUGGCCAUUGGUUUCCUCAGUGUUGUCUUGUCAGAAGCCCACCCUUUAUGUCCAGUGCAGAGUCAUGCUGUUCAGUCUGAAAUCUGCCUUGUAUCUUUGUUUCAGUAUUACAACAGCAGCUGUUUGGUUGAGAAAUACAUGAACUACGUAGAAAACAGGCACAUCAUGUGGUGAUCUUCUACCCCUUAGGCACAAUAAUUCUUACAAACAGAAGGUUUUCCUUCUUCCCUCAAUACUGUCACAUCUCCUUUAGUAAUGUUUCCUUCAGACUUGAAACAUACAGAUCAUAUAGAUUAGUUUUAAAUAGUUUUAACCUUUCUGUAACUUAACAAUAUUAUUCUGUGUUCCUGUUUGUGUUCCUCACUCAGAAAACGGUUACAUGCAGAUCAAAGCAAGUUUUAAAACCCUCUUUGCAAAGUUAAGAGACCAGCAGUGGUGCCGCUUACUGUAAAUGACCAUCCUGGGAGCCACGCUGUCCAGUUUUAGAGCUGUGAGAGUUCUCACGUUGGAAAGACUUCCAGGGCUGAUCCAGUCAGUCAACAAGCUGUGACUGAGAUUAAAUGCCAGUGGGUACUACACGUCUGUAUCUCUUUAGAAGAAAGCAGAACAAAAUACACAGAUAAAGGAAAGAGUGUUCCCAGGAGGCCUCUAUCCACAGAACUGCACAAAUAGGUAAUUUUUUUAAACGGUUAAAAAACAAACAAACAAACAAACAAAAACACUUAAUAGGGCUGUAUACAUGUUGCAGCAUAGAGAUCAAACAGCUGAUCCCAGUGUACUGUAAUGUCUAGCUCACUGAAUAUUAUUCAGCAUUGAAAAGAUGCAGUAUCUCCAUUACAAGCUAGAACUGAAGUUCAGUUUAUAAACAACUGCUUUCUGGCUGAGCAAGUUGUUACCGGUGGGGCCCACUGUUUCCCAGGAUGUUUAACCCUGAAAGAAACUGUAAAACUAAAGACUGGAGGUGGUCAGACUUUAACAAGAGAAGCUGGAAGUCCAGCUACCUUCUCCCCGCCUUUAUGGUGGUGUAACUUCUUUUCCUUUAGGACUGUAGAAACAUACACCAUUUCCUCUGACAUUUUGGAUUUAAAAGUUACAUUAGCAGACGUUUUUCUCUGUAUCUUAAGUUUAAAAUUAAACCAGAAGAGUUCAAGCUUCUCCUUUACUUUGUAUUCUACUCAACUGGAAUUUCUUCUCAGUCUAGAAAGUCAGUUCUGCUUAUUAGAAGAGUUUUGUUGUUGUUUGGGGUUUGGUGGGGUUUUUUUGGCCAUUCUUUAACAAAACACAGAUAAUUUAUUGUCACUUAGUCUGUCAGUGGUAAAAACUAUCUAGAAAUAUAGUGAAUGCCUUCAGUUUGUGUUACAGCAAGUUCUCCAUUCUGGAGUUCUUUGUCCUCAUGCUGUGAAUCUUUGUGCAUUUGGACACUUGGGUAGGUAGACUACAGUUCUAUUUUGCUACAGUUUUAGAAGCUUCCUGGGUGGAAGAUGAAGGAAUUUUGUUAAUAGGGACAGUUAUGCAUUCCUGUAUUUCACACACAGUGGUCGAAAUCAGAUACUAACUGCUGGGCAGGUGGGGUGGUGUUUAUUCAUUCUCCACUAUCAAAAGCACAGCUGAUGUCACUUUGCUUAAGAAAGACCUCAGAACUAAGUAAUAUUCAAUAUUAAUUUGUCAAACACUUAAAAGGUUGGUGUCUGAGACCAUGUAGAUCUGCCCAGACGCGCAUUUCAGCAGUAAGAGUUGGCCACGGCUGUUCUUAUUCCCCUGUACUAUCCCCUGUAGUUUUGAUUUGCAGUGUGGUAGUACCAGAGCUAUCGCACUACUUUAGUGCAAUUUGCUGCUCAAAGGCAAACACUCCAAAUAAUAAAUCCUGUUUAAACAAAAUAUCAUGAGUCUUCAUAACAGACAAAUAUUUCUUAUUUAAAAUAUGCUACCAUAGAGGCAAGAUCUAUUACAGAAUUAGUAUUAUCACGUGCUUCGGGAGAAUUCUUUGUUGCAAAAUAGUGCUGUAAAAUAAAACACACUGCAUGUGCUCA